AUGAAAGAGAUAGAGGUGAAGAGAGGAGCCAGCUCCCUGGGGUCCUGUGUCUGCCAGCUGCUACUAAAUACCUGUGAGAAACUCUGCCUCCAGCUCAAGGGGACCACCUGUCCUGAGAACUUCAGUACCUGGGACAGGAACCCCCUGAGUGGAUCCCUUGUCAAAAUGAAUUGGACCAACUGUAUGUUCCAAGACUCCAGAGCCAGCGAUGCCUUCCUGUAUAACUCCACACCAUUGUUCUGCUCAGAGAAUAUCACCACCCCGAAUCCAGAGACUACACCUGAAGAACGGAGCAGCUUGGGCACAGCGGCCACAGCCAUUUCCGGUUCCAUUGGUGUUGUAGCCCUUAUCUUGCUCCUGGUGGGUCUCUUGUCCAUGACCCUGAAGAAAUGGAGGCAUGAGAGACUAUUUAGGAAACAACUGAGGCAUCAGACCAACUUUCUCUACAAAUCCUCGCAGCUUUCCUGCCGUGCUGAUGCCGUAUAUUCCAACGUGAUCAACCUGGCCACCUGGAAAGAGGAUGACUUCGCUGUCUAUGCUAAUGUGCCCCCUUUUGAUCGUCCCAGGAGGACAUCACCAGACCAAGUGGAAUAUGCCUCCAUUGUAUUCCACUGAUAGGAAGCCAAUGAGAUGCUUCAGCACAGAGAGUCAGCCCUAUGCCCUGGCCAGGUCCUGACAUGGUUUUUGCUUUAGAUGUAUGUGAGUUUGUGUGUUCAAAAGUGCAUAAAGCGUAUUCUG